GUCAUAAUUAGACGGUUAACUGAACGUAACAGCCUGGAUGGCUCCCAGGUUUUCUACAAGUGACAUAACAGUCGCUCUGAUGAUCAUGGAGUAUCAGCGGGGCAAAACAUGCGCAUGCGCACGGCAUUGCCACGUCAGUUGCUGAAGUGCGCGUUCCUGCUGCUGAGUUGCUGUCGCAACUGAACAAGUGAAGAUGUUAGCGAAAACCGCUCCCUUUUGGAUUUUAGCUGUUAUUUUGUUUGAUGGUGGGCUGUGUGAUUGCAACUGUGAUUACUUUCGUUACUUCUCGUGGAAUUUUGGUUCCUCAAUCAACAUCUCACUCAAUGGUUCAACUAGUCUCUAUAUGGAAGUAUAUUAUUCUAUAGAUUUUUAUGACUGUCAAGAAGCUGAGAUUCUUUGGGAGAUUGCCAAACCUAAUGGCGAGUAUGAAGUGUACACUGUAGCCAACUAUAGUCACUAUCGCCGCGGAAGACAUGAGAGUAUUACAGAGAGAGGACUAUCAUUUGGAGGGUAUUUUUUUGAGUGUGAUCUCCGACUGACAAUAACUCCAACUGAUCUGAGGUACAAUGGAGCUAAAAUCACAGGAAUUGUGCGUCUUCCCGAGUGUUUUAACACUUCCAACACUACCUAUACCACAACCCUCAGAAUACAAGGUCUCCUAAAAGCUCCCACUGAUGUAAGUGUUGAAGCAGUUGGAGUUGAUAGCAUUAAUGUGUCAUGGAGUCCUCCAUUCACCCUGGAAGGAGUCCCCAUACUCCAAUACAGUGUCUAUAUCACCAGUCAGGGAGUCUCAGAACAGAGAAACACCACUGAAACACACAUCUCUCUGGAGAGACCAUGUGCCAGCACCACCUACCAGAUCAGUGCAUGGAAUGAAGUGGGAGAGGGAAAUGCUACCAGAAAAGCGUUCUUGACAAUCAUUGAAGCAGCUGUCAAAGUUAUUAAUGAGCUGAAAAAACUAGGAAUAUGUCUUUCCUGUUGUUUCUUCUCUGAUUCUACUGCUGAUGGUUGCACCCUCAAAAUGGAAAAUGACAAACAUGUUUUUGUUUUCAAUGCCACCCGAAGCAACAACAACCUCUCACUACUGCAAUGUUUUUCAGUACCAGAAGGAGGGGAGUACAGUGUCAGUGUCCAUGAGAUUCACAAUGGUGUUGUGCAGAAUCACAUUGGCAUUCUAGUGAACAACAUUACAGUUUUGAUUACGGAAAGUAGGCCAGUAUGACUGUAGUAUAUAACACAACUAGAAUUACGCUUGUCCUUGCAGGUCCCUCACUGAUGUAUUCCAAUGUGAAACCAGUGAGUGGAGGGAUAUGUGCCUUUUGUGUUUUCACAAACGGCUCUACUGCUAAAGGAUGUGCAAUA